AUGUAUCAAAAGUUCUACAUCGGACAACUCACCGACCUAUAUUCGCACAGCCUCGACGUCUCCAAGUUCCCCAGCAUUGAGCAACUCAGAGCGACCUUGGCUGAGGUUUUUGGAUUUGCCGAUACAAAGUCAAUAUGGCUGGUCGACGGACAAGGGAACUCGAUAUCGAAUCUACAGAGCGUGGUUACGGUGGCGGACCAUGUGGAAGUGCGAGCAACCGCCCAUGAGUCCAUCCGCGAGCCUCCUGGGCCUCGCCUCAUCCCGUUCGUUGGCAACCGCUACGAGCUGUAUCCAGACGUCCUCGGAAACUAUGAUCGACUGUUCUCGCUAUACGGGCCAAUGAUUAAGACGGUCAACAUGGGAACGACCAUCUACCACACAAAUGACCCGGCCAUCGCCCGCCACGUGUUGCGCGAGGAUCAGCUCUUCACCAAGACUACGUCCGACCCAUCGCACCCACUGCACUACAUGGCUGACCAGGACUGCUUGUUUACCUGCGACAGCGCAUCUCCCGCCUUUGCGCCGAGCCACAAAUUUGAUGCGGCUCAAUCCAUCUUCCCGGCAUUCGAUCAGUUGGCCGAAGCCAAUCUCGCAGUCAAUGUCUACCAAUACAUGUUCAAGCUCGCAGCUCAAAUUAUCUGGCGAGUCAUGCUCAAUCAGGACCUGAAGCAUUUCGAGUCGCCCAAGACGCCGCCGUCGUUUCCCGUGCGGCUCUUUGGCCAGUACCUCUCGCUGAUGAAGAAAUCAUCCAUGCGGCCGCAGUGGAUCAAGUAUCUUCCCUUUGGCGAUACCGCGAAAUUGAAACGUGUCCGUCAGCAAGUGCUGGAUACAACUGAAGAGGCCAUGAAGGCGAGCGUGCAAACGGACAGUCCUCCCCUCCGCUUAUCCGAGCCCACGGCCAUCCAGAGCGCUACCUGCGUGGCUGACUUCUUGUACCGUGCGCGCGACAAGGACGGCAACGGUCUUCCGUAUGAGCUGGUUCUCGGUAAUGUGGUCGUGAGCUGUGGUGCGGGGUUCACCACCAGCUCAUCUCUGCUCUCCUGGGCGCUGUACUCCCUCGUGCGGUAUCCGGGCAAUCAGCAAAGACUCUUCGAAGAGAUUAGAAGCCAUCGUAGUAGGAACUAUGGCCGGUGGACCUACGACGAGAUUCACGGGAUGAAGUUUCUGGACUGCUUCGUCAAAGAGGUUCUCCGUCUUCAUGGCCCCAGCUUCCAGACCGCACGCAACGCAAAACAAGACGCGGUCCUGCCCGGCGGGUACCUGAUCCCCAAGGGUUCCAUUGUCAUUGCCUGCUUUCCCAGUUUACACAAGAACCCAGCCCAUUGGGAGAAUCCGCAACGGUUUGAUCCGGACCGGUGGGCGCAACAAGACUUUGCCACGCAAAUGGCUCGCCAAGGGUCAUACACUCCGUUCGCAGCAGGAGCUCGCGGGUGCGUGGGCUUCAAUUUGGCACUGACCCAGGUCAAGAUAGUUCUAGUCGAGCUGGUCUACCGAUACGAAUUUGACGACUCGUCACCGGAGACAGUCGUGUACGAUCCCGAGUUCUUGGUUGUGCGGCCCUUGAAUUUCUACGCGGGGAUAACGAGACGCGUUCAUUCGGAUUAA